AUGAUCCUUUCAUACUCCUCCCCCUACCCCCACCCCCUGGUUGCCGUGGAAACAUACCUGUCUCUCCUGCUCCUGUAUGAUCCUCUCAUACUCCUCUCCCUACCCAACCCCCUGGUUGCCGUGGUAACACACCUGUCUCUCCUGCUCCUGUAUGAUCCUCUCAUACUCCUCCCCCUACUCCACCCCCUGGUUGCCAUGGUAACAUACUUGUCUCUCCUGCUCCUGUAUGAUCCUCUCAUACCCCUCCCUCUACCCCAUCCCCUGGUUGCCGUGGUAACAUACCUGUCUCUCCUGCUCCUGUAUGAUCCUCUCAUACUCCUCCCCCUUCCCCACCCCCUGGUUGCCGUGGUAACAUACCUGUCUCUCCUGCUUCUGUAUGAUCCUCUCAUACUCCUUCCCCUACCCCACCCCCUGGUUGCCGUGGUAACAUACCUGUCUCUCCUGCUCCUGUAUGAUCCUCUCAUACUCCUCUCCUACCCCACCCCCUGGUUGCCGUGGUAA